UGCUCAAUACCUCGCGGAGAUAUACUCAGCUCCGCAUGCUCUUGCACACAUUCCCAAUGUGCAGGACUUUUACAUCUGACUCGUUUGAAGAUGAAGCACGCGGAGUUAGCAGCAGCUCCGCGAACCAAAAGUCACGCGACAAACAUCAAGCGUUAAACUCGUGGGUCCGCCAAGACAACCCAGAGACAUCGCACCUUCCACGUGUAGUUGCUUCUCACCUUGACGCGGGGUUCGCGAUGCUAAGCUUCACUAGGUGGAAUGGCAGAUCAAAUGCCCUCCGCAGCAUGCCAAAGGGUGCAAUACCUGUAUAAAUUUGAGAAGAUGUCAAUGCCACGGUUUCGUGUGACGUGCUUUAUUCACUCAACAUCUCGCAGAGCGGCAGAGUCAGUCAGUCAGAGCUUCAGAAGGCAGCACACUCCAUAAAGCCCAAUUCCGUACAUUACUCAAUACCUUGAACCCCCUCACCGAACAUGGCGACUCCCUCCAUCCUCCGAGGCGAUCUACUGUCGUCGGUCGCCCAGCGCAAGACAGCCCGCACGGCUCGCAUCUCCAGCUGGGACCAAUCCGGGCUCAACGAAGAUGCCUUCGUGGUACAGCCCGGCGAGACGGCCGUCCUCGCCGACCUCGAGGGCCCCGGCCAGAUCACGCACCUGUGGUUCGUGCAGACCUGCCGCCGCAUCCUCGGGCCGGGCCUCAUCCCCUACUCCAAGUCGGGCGUGGCUAUGAUGGAGAUCCACAACGCCCUCGGUCUCAGCUUUGAGGAUAGCGAUCCUGACUACUACCGCAAGGUGCUCAUCCGUAUGUACUGGGACGACUCGGAGACGCCCAACGUCAUCGCUCCCAUCGGCGACUUCUUCUGCCUCGGCCACUCCAUGGCCGCCAACUUCCAGUCGCUGCCCUUUACCGUCUCGGUCAAGCCGUCCGAGGAGAAGAAGUUUGGCGGCUCGGCGGCCUUCAACUGCUACCUGACCAUGCCGUUCAACAAGCGGGCCCGGAUCGAGAUCGAGAACCAGGGCGAGCACGCCUACUUCCAGUACUUCUACAUCGAUUACGAGCUGCUGCCCACGCCGUUCGACCCCAACGAGAUCCUCUACUUCCACGCCCACUGGCGGCGCGAGAACCCCACAAACGGCUGGGCGCCCAAGAGCAUGCAGACCAAUAGCCUCGAGACGCAGGUGCCCAACUUGACCGGCGACGGCUACACCAUCCUAGAGACUACCGGCUCGGGCACCUUCAUCGGCUGCAACCACUCGGUGCUGCACCACCAGGGCACGUGGUGGGGCGAGGGCGACGACAUGAUCUUCAUCGACGACGACACCUGGCCGCCCAGCAUGCACGGCACGGGAGGCGAGGACUACUUCAGCCAAGGCUGGGGCAUGCAGAAGAACGCCUACCCUUUCUGCGGUACCAUCAUCCACGAGGAGGACGUCCCGGGUUACCAGGUCUCGUACCGCUGGCACCUGGCCGACCCCGUCCGGUUCAACAAGAAGAUCACGGUCAAGCUCGAGCACGGGCAUGCGAAUCACCUCAGGGAUGACUGGGCAACGACCGCGUACUGGUACCAGACACUGCCCGGGCCGAAGUUGGAUAUUUUGCCUGUUGAGCAGCGUCUGCCGAACAGGCCUACCAUUGCGUCGCCUCCGGAGCCGGCUGCGGACCGGCCGCUGACAAGCCAGCAGCAGCAGCUCAUCAAGCAGCGCGAGGAAAGGCUCGAGGAGUUUGUGCGCGACCGGAACCAGUGGCUGGAGCGGAGGGCUCAGGCGUCGCGGAAGAGGGCGCAGAAUAAUAUUGAGAUUGCGAAAGAUAUCCGGAAGCGUUUCCUGGAGAGCCUGCGGGAGUAGAUUAGGCGAGGCUUGGAGAUCGUGGAUUGAUGUUGUGGCUGUGAAAUUUAGCAGAUCAGAAGUAGAGCAAAGAUGAGGUGCUGAAUUUGUAUAUCCAAGCAUUCCAGAUCUAUGGGCUCUGGAUCUUGUAUGCUGUAGCGAAGGGCUUGGCUGUACCCUUUCCACUCCUCAUCCCAUGCGCGGUAUACGCUUCUUCUCUUCUCAGUCCGUUCGCUGUUAUUCUUCUUGCUUCUUUCCCAUCAUCCUCUUUCUCUGAGGCGGAAGUGGAACAAUGCUGUGAGCACUUUCAAACAUGCGGAUCCAUUCUGGUG